AUGGAGCAUUUGACUUGUGGGGUCCUCGAGAAGCUUUUUCGAGAAAUGGGUGGGGGCAAGAAGAUGAUGCAAGAUCAAAGGCCUUCUCUGUUACAAAUUCAAAGCAUUAUUCCGGCAUCCGCAGAGGGUGAUCUUUGGCCCAAGCAGGGAUUUUACUUGAAGGUUUCAGAUUCCACGCAUGCCAUGUACGUGUCUCUUCCACGUGAACAAGAUAACAUGGUUCUUUGUAAUAAGCUGCAACUUGGCCAAUUGAUAUAUGUUGAUAAAUUGGAGCCAUCACAUCCAGUGCCAAUGCUUAGAGGUAUAAAACCUAUCCCAGGUCGAUUUCCCUGCAUUAGAAAACUCCAAAAUCUUGUUUCUACGGAUAAUUUGCAAGAUUUACAUCUCUCUGAUUCUUUGUGGAGAAAGGAGACGACUAAUGAUGCUCCCCAGAAGAAGCCUCGCUCUUCCAGUGCAUCAGAAAUCCACAGGGGAAAUUCUGAGAAGAUGAUUCAAGAAUGUGGAUCGAGUUUACUUGAUAUUACAAUAUCCACUUCAUCAUCUAAAAGAAGAAGUUGGAGAGGCAGAGAAAAUUUAAAUUUGGAUGCAAGUGUUGUCAAACAUGUGAUAAAAACAACUGGUAAUAGUCGUAGUGCCAGUACUUCUCCAAUUCGCUCAGCAAGCUAUGACAGCUUUGAAGACAACUCAAACUCUAAAUCGAAAGUAAAAUAUAUUGGUUCAGCUACGAAAUCAGUCAGAAGUUCCAACAUGAGCAAGACCUCCAUACCAGUUAAGAAUUGUGAUAAAUUAAUAGACCCUGCUUACAUGUCCAGUGUAGUUAGUGACAAGAAUAUGGAAGAAACAAAGAUUUUAUGGACAUAUCUUCCCUCGAUCUUAGAGAAGCAUGGCAAGGAGGUCCUGAGGCUCAAAGAAGCAGCUGUGCUUGCUGCUGCGGAUAUUCUUCAAGAGGCAUCUGCUGCUGAGAGAAUUCUUAAAUGCUUAAGGUAUGCACACACCACAUACUCAAAGUUUCAACAUUUAGCCAAGGCAGAUAAUGGGCAGCCAUCAGUUGAUAAAUUCUUCAACCUUCAAAAAGAUAUGAGUGAGUCUAUACUAAUUCUUCAGUCACUAAAAUGCAUUACGCCAAUAACAGAAAUUGACGGUCAUCCAAGUAGCCCCGGAACUAUCAGUGAAUCAAUAAAACUGGCAUUGGAGAGAAAGAAAAAUGCAGCUUCCUGGAUCAAAGCGGCUACGACGUCUGAUCUUAGUCCUAUUUCUUCUACCAAUGCUGUUUCCAUGCAGGCUACAAAAACAACGAAGAAAUCCAGCACCAAACCAAAGGGCACAAGCCUUGUUAGGAUGCAAAGGAACAAUAACGAGAUCCACAUUGGGUUGGCAACACCAGAUUGGGUUGAGGGACGUGCUUUAGGUGCUGCUGAUCAGCUUGUAAGUAAUUUGCAGCGUGAAAGUAAAAAAUGGUUUUUGGCUCAUUUUGAGGACUACUUAGAUGAGGUUAUAAGCAAAACCAUACCUAAAUCAGAUUAUGAAGUAGCUGAUAUGAUGCGUCAAAUGAAGAAGGUGAAUGACUGGUUGGAUAUGAUGGAUGGCUCCGGCAUGGGGGAUUUUGAUUUGGAAGCAUGUAGGAGGGUGAGAGGCAAAAUAUAUGCUGUGCUCUUGCAGAAUGUUGAAAGAACUGCGAUGGCUUUGGAACAAAACUGA